GCGCAGCCGUUUGAGCGGGGCCAUGGCGGGCCCGGAGCUGCUGCCCGAGGUGUGGCGGCUUUACUUCCACUCCGUCCGCGCCGCCACCUUCCACAACUGGCCCUUCACCGAGGGCUGCGCCUGCACGCCCGAGCGGAUGGCGGCGGCGGGCUUCGUGCACUGCCCCAGCGAGAACAGCCCCGACGUGGCGCAGUGCUUCUACUGCCUCAAGGAGCUCGAGGGCUGGGAGCCCGACGAUGACCCCCUGGAGGAGCACAAAAAACACUCUGCGGCCUGUGGUUUUCUUUCUCUUCAGAAAGAACCUUCUAACCUGACGGUGCAGGAGUUCCUGAAGCUGGAAAAAAUGCGAACGAGAAAGGCACUCAAAAAAGAGGUCUCUCAGAUGAUGACCAAGGUUGAAGAUAAAGCCAAGAUCCAGCGCUGUCGUAUAAAGAAUCUGGUCUAGGCUGCUGCAGCUUCAUAGUUGCCAGUGACACCUGUCUUGUCCACAUGCUGUGGCACUGCCCUGUGACUGAAUGGCCGUGUUUCCUGAGGCUGCUUCCAGACUGGCUGUCCCUGAGAAGCAGAGGGAAUUCUGCUUCACUCCUCCCACUCUGUCUGGGAGGUACCUGGGUUUUGAUGCACUGCAUACAAAAUAUUUUUCUGCAAGGAUUCUCCUAAUUUUCCUGCUGUUUUUUAAAGGAUUAUUAUUUGUGGGUUUACUUGUUUUCUUUUUUUAAUUUUUUUGUAAAUCCACCUGUUUGGAGAUACUGCUGUCUCAUAAAGAUAGUAGUAGCUCUGGUGCUAAAACUUGUAUUUCUGGUAGCAGCUGACAUGCAUUUCCAUGCUUGUACUGAAUAUUCUGAUGCUUUGGGACAUAGAAAGGAGAAGGAGUUUUAAAAAUACUUUGAGGUUUUAGGAUUGUGGCUAAUAACUUGGAGUUAUACCACACCUUAGUGUGCCUGAUAUUCUUGUAAAUUUCUGUUUGUAGUUGGCUGCUGCCUUGUGUUGAUGCAUUUAUAAAUAAAAGCUGAAGGCAGAACGACAAA